AUGAUCUGUAGUCGGGAAGAGGAGGCGGCCCUCGGAAGCUUUCUGGCUGGCAAAGAGUUUGGUCUUGAGCGCCCUACUGCCAUUUUCAUCGUUACGCAUUUUUCACGCCAUCUGCGGCCGUGCCAUGUAUACCAAGUCGACGAGGAGCCCAGCCAGCCUUUUGAUAUCAUCACGAAGGGCCAACAGAUUGACACCGGGUGCCGGUUGCUUCAUGACCAUGAGGAGUUACCCACUGCUCUUUGGGUAUUAACCGCCUCGUUCAAGGUCUUCCAGGGCUCUCUGACAUCCGCGAGACGAUUCUCUUCCCUCGUAAUGCCGCUCGACUGA